CGCUCCGGUCGAGGUGGCAGGAAGGGAGGUGCUGGGCACCGGCCGUGAAGAGCCAUCCCGCGCUUGGCACCGCGUUUGCCCGCUCGCUCGGCACCGCGUCUGCCCAGGCCUCGCUGGCCAUGCGCCCCACGGAGCCCUGGAGCUCCAGCCCGGCGCCGGCGUUCUGGGACUACUCCGGGUCGGGCGCCCCCGAGGAGCUGGAGGUGUGCGCGGCCCCGGACCUGCCCUACAGCUACGCCUACAUCCCCGCGCUCUACCUGGCGGCCUUCUGCGUGGGCCUGCUGGGCAACGCCUUCGUGGUGCGGCUGCUGGUGGAGCGGCGCGGCCCGCGGCGGCUCGUGGACACCUUCGUGCUGCACCUGGCGGCCGCUGACCUGUGCUUCGUGUUGACGCUGCCGCUGUGGGCCGCGGCGGCGGCGCGGGGAGGCCGCUGGCCCUUCGGCGAGGGCCUGUGCAAGCUCAGCAGCUUCGCGCUGGCCGGCACGCGCUGCGCGGGCGCCCUGCUGCUGGCCGGCCUCAGCGUGGACCGCUACCUGGCCGUGGGCCGCCCGUUGGCCGCGCGCGCCUGGCGCACCCGGCGCUGCGCACUGGCCGCGUGCGGCGGCGUGUGGGCCGCGGCACUGGCGGCCGGCCUGCCCUCGCUGGCCUUCCGCGGGCUGCGGCCGCUGCCCGGGGGCGGAGGCAGCCAGUGCGGCGAGGAGCCGUCCGAUGCUUUCCAGGGCCUGAGCCUGCUGCUGCUGCUGCUGACCCUGGCGCUGCCCUUGGCCGUCACCGUCGUCUGCUACUGCCGAGUGUUGCACCGCCUGCGCGGGCCGCCGCACAUGGGCCGCGCCCGGAGCCGCUCUCUGCGCAUCAUCUUCGCCGUCGAGGGCGCCUUCGUGGGCUCCUGGCUGCCCUUCUGCGCCCUGCGCGCCGUCUUCCACCUGGCGCGCCUGGGCGCGCUGCCGCUGCCCUGCCCCCUGCUGCUGGCGCUGCGCUGGGGCCUCACCGUCGCCACCUGCCUGGCCUUCGUCAACAGCUGCGCCAACCCGCUCAUCUACCUGCUUCUGGACCGCUCGUUCCGCGCGCAGCUGCGGCGGCGCGGGGCCUGCGGGCGCGGCGACUCCAUGGCGCGCGGGAGCAGCUCGGCGUCCUCGCUCUCUGGCGACGACAGCUCCCCGUUCCGGAGCCAGGGCCGCUGGGGGCCCCGAGCCCUGACUUCCGCGGCGGUCGCGUAGCUGUGGGCAGCAGCGGAGCCCCGAGGAGCCGGAGGCGCAGCCACACGGGCCGGCCCCUACCCCCCACCCCGACCUGCCUCCCGGACCUGCCUCCCCAGGCUGCUCCGCCGGCACUGCCAGCUCUCCCAGAACCUCAGCUUUUCCAGCCUCCCCAAGCCAGGCGGCUGAGACCAGCUCUUCUCUCCUUCUGCCCAGUGGCGCC